AUGGUUUGGGUCGCGACUUGUUCGAUCAUCGAUCGUGACCCACCCAAUCUGGUCGUUCCCGAUCUCAAUCUUGCGAUCGAGUUCGCGAUCUGCUUCAUCUCGAUGCCGCUAUUCGUGGUCUAG